UGGCGGCGGCCGCUGCCGUGUGAGGGCGAGGGCGGCCCGGGCCGGCCGCCGCCCCCGCUCCCCGCCCGCUCCCGAUCCCUCUCCGCUGCCUCUCCCUCUCUCCAUCCCGGCCCCGAACCUGCAAUAUGAAGGCAGCGCCGGGCAGCGCCGAGGAGGCAGAGAAGCUGAACAAGAUGAGCUCCCUCCUGGAGAGGCUGCACGCCAAGUACAGCCAGAACCGGCCCUGGACAGAAACCAUGAAGUUGGUGCGGCAGGUCAUGGAAAAGCGUGUGGUGCUGAACUCAGGGGGACACCAGCACCUGGUGAGCUGCUUGGAGACCCUGCAGAAGGCCCUGAAAGUGUCAUCUCUGCCUGCCAUGACCGAUCGCCUGGAGUCCAUCGCCCGGCAGAGCGGCCUGGGCUCCCACCUGAGCGCCAACGGCACCGAGUGUUACAUCACCUCUGACAUGUUCUACGUGGAGGUGCAGCUGGACCCCACAGGGCUGCUCUGUGAUGUCAAGGUGGCUCACCAUGGAGAAAACCCCGUGAGCUGCCCAGAGCUGGUGCAACAUCUCAGAGAGAAAAAUUUUGAUGAGUUUUCAAAGCAUCUGAGGGGACUUGUGAACCUCUAUAAGCUGCCAGGGGACAACAAACUUAAAACUAAAAUGUACUUGGCUCUGCAAUCCUUGGAGUUGGAUCUCCAAAAGAUGGCUGGGAUGUAUUGGCAAGCCACCAAUGCAAACCCCCUGGACAAGAUCCUGCAUGGCAGUGUUGGCUAUCUCACCCCCAGGAGUGGAGGUCUCCUGAUGAACCUCAAAUAUUACGUCUCCCCCUAUGAUUUAUUUGAGGAUGGCACUGGAGCCCCUGUGGUUUUGCAUGAGAACAAUGUGCCUCGCUCGCUGGGCAUGAACGUGUCGGUGACAGUGGAGGGAACCAUGGCCAUGCACAAACUUCCAAUUGCUCCUCUGAUCAUGGGCUCCCACCCUGUGGACAGCAAAGGAACUCCAUCUUUCUCCUCCAUCACCAGUGCCAACAGCGUGGACUUGCCUGCUUGUUUCUUCCUGAAAUUCCCACGUCCCAUUCCAGUGUCUCGAGCUUUCAUCCAGAAACUGCAGAGCUGCACAGGUAUCCCCCUGUUUGACACAGCACCCACGUUUGUGCCCCUGUAUGAGCUGAUCACCCAGUUUGAGCUGUCCAAGGAGGCCGACCCGCUGCCCCUGAACCACAACAUGCGAUUCUACGCCGCUCUUCCAGGACAGCAGCACUGUUACUUCCUCAACAAGGACGCUCCUCUCCCGGACGGACGGAGCCUGCAGGGGACUCUGCUGAGCAAAAUCGCCUUCCAGCACCCCGGCAGGGUGCCCCUCAUCCUCAGCCUCAUCCGGCACCAGGUGGCCUACAACACCCUCAUUGGCAGCUGUGUCAAGAGGACAGUCCUGAAGGAAGAUUCUCCUGGGAUCCUGCAGUUUGAAGUUUGUCCUCUGUCUGACUCGUGUUUCAGUGUGUCCUUCCAGCACCCUGUGAACGACUCCCUGGUGUGUGUGGUGAUGGACGUGCAGGACUCCAGCCACGUGAGCUGUAAGCUGUACAAAGGAUUGUCUGAUGCCCUCAUCUGUACAGAUGAUUUCAUUGCCAAGGUUGUUCAAAGGUGCAUGUCCAUCCCUGUCACCAUGAGAGCCAUCCGUAGGAAAGCAGAAACCAUCCAAGCUGACACGCCAGCCCUGUCCCUCAUUGCAGAGACAGUUGAAGACAUGGUGAAGAAAAACCUGCCCCCAGCCAGCAGCCCAGGGUAUGGCAUGACCACAGGCAGCAACCCAAUGAGCGGGACCACCACCCCAACCAACACUUUUCCUGGGGGGCCCAUCACUACUUUGUUUAACAUGAGCAUAAGCAUGAAGGAGAGGCAUGACUCGGUGGGCCAUGGGGAGGACUUCAGCAAAGUGUCUCAGAACCCUAUUCUCACUAGUUUGUUACAGAUCACAGGCAAUGUGGGCUCUACCAUUGGCUCAAGUCCAACCCCUCCCCACCACACACCACCACCAGUAUCCUCACCAGCCAGCAACACCAAGAACCACCCCAUGCUCAUGAACCUUCUUAAGGAGAAUCCUCCUCAGGAUUUCUCCACUCUUUAUGGGAGCAGCCCUUUGGAAAGGCAGAACUCUUCCUCUGGCUCCCCCAGAAUGGAAAUGGGCCCUGGGGGGAAUAAACAAAAGAAAAAAAAAUCCCGCGUGCCGGCCGACAAGCCCAAGCACCAGACUGAGGACGAUUUCCAGAGGGAGCUCUUUUCCAUGGAUGUUGACUCCCAGAACCCCAUUUUUGAUGUCAACAUGACUGCAGACACGCUGGACACCCCUCAUAUUACUCCAGCACCCAGCCAGUGCAGCACUCCUCCCACCACGUACCCGCAGGCCCUGCCCCACGCCCAGCCCAGCAUCCAGAGGAUGGUUCGCCUGUCCAGCUCGGACAGCAUCGGGGCCGAUGUCACCGACAUCCUCUCGGACAUAGCCGAGGAGGCUUCCAAGCUGCCCACCAGUACUGAGGACUGCCCACCCAUUGGGACUCCAGUCAGAGAUUCUUCUAGUUCAGGACAUUCACAAAGUGCCCUCUUUGACCCCGAUGUUUUUCAGACCAACAGUAGUGAGAAUCCCUACACAGACCCCGCCGACCUGAUCGCGGACGCCGCUGUGAGCCCCAACAGCGACUCCUCCAACCAUUUCUUUCCAGACGGGGUAGAUUUCAACCCUGACUUGCUGAACAGUCAGAGCCAGAGUGGUUUUGGGGAGGAAUAUUUUGAUGAGAGCAGUCAGAGCGGAGACACUGAUGAUUUCAAGGGUUAUGCCCCCCAGGCUCUAACUAAUUUGGGGGUGCAAGUCUUGGGGGGUGAUGGGGGGGAAAAUAAAUUUAAGGGGAGCGCUCCAUCCGACACGGUGGAUUUUAGUAUUAUUGCAGCUGCCAGCAAAGCACUGGGGUCCUCUGACAUCAUGGAGCACCACAGUGGAGGUCAGAGCCCUUUGCUGAACACGGGGGAUUUAGGAAAAGAGAAGUCUCAGAAACGGGUAAAGGAAGGCAAUGGGUCUGGAGGGGCCAUGGCAGCUGCUGGCAUGGAUGGGAAGCCGGGGAAGCGCAGCCGGACGCCGUCCAGUGAUGGCAAAAGCAAAGAGAAACUCCCAAAGAGGAAGAAGCAGGAGACAGAUGGGAAAUCUCCAUCGCACAGUUCAUCCAACAGGCCCUUCACGCCGCCAGCAAGCACAGGUGGGUCCAAAUCCCCGGGGAGUUCGGGCAGAUCCCAGACUCCUCCCGGGGUAGCGACUCCUCCUAUUCCAAAAAUAACCAUUCAGAUCCCAAAAGGCACAGUGACUGUUGGCAAACCGUCUUCACACGGCCAGUACACGAGUAGUGGUUCUGUCACCUCCUCCAGCAGCAAAAGCCAUCAUAGCCAUUCUUCCUCCUCCUCCUCUUCUUCCUCCUCUUCAACCUCAGGCAAAAUGAAAAGCAAAUCAGAAGGCUCUUCUGGCUCCAAGAUGAGCAGCAGCCUGUACUCCAGCCAAGGUGGCUCAGGCUCGGGUCAGUCCAAGGGCUCGGCGCAGUCGGUGGGAAAGCCGGGAUCCUCCCCCAUCACCAAGCACGGCCUCAGCGCCGGCUCUGGCAGCACCAAGAUGAAACCUCAAGGAAAGCCAUCGUCCCUCAUGAACCCUUCCAUGAGCAAACCAAACAUCUCCCCGUCCCACUCGAGGCCCUCAGGGGGCUCUGACAAACUCGCCUCUCCCAUGAAGCCUGUCCCGGGUACUCCCCCGUCGUCUAAAGCGAAGUCACCCAUCAGUUCUGGUUCUGGUGGGUCCCACAUGUCUGGGACUGGGUCGAGCUCGAGCAUGAAAUCCUCUUCAGGCAUGGGAUCCUCCGGGUCUAUGUCACAGAAACCGCCUCCCUCGUCCAAUUCCUCCACAGCAUCUUCAUCUUCCUUUUCAUCCAGCGGGUCUUCCAUGUCUUCAUCCCAGAACCAGCAUGGAAGCUCCAAAGGGAAGUCCCCCAGCAGAAACAAGAAGCCAUCUCUGACUGCAGUCAUAGACAAGCUGAAGCACGGCGUGGUCACGAGCGGGCCUGGCGGAGAGGACCCCAUGGAUGGGCAGGUGGGGCCGAGUUCCAAUUCCUCAAGCCAUACCAUGUCCUCCAAACACAACAUGUCUGGAGGGGAGUUCCAGGGAAAGCGGGAGAAGAGCGACAAGGAGAAAUCAAAGGUCUCCGUUUCCGGAGGAUCCGCCGACUCUUCCAAGAAGAACUCGGAUUCCAAAAACGUCGGAAGCACCGGAGUGGCCAAAAUCAUCAUCAGCAAACACGACGGUGGCUCCCCCAGCAUCAAAGCCAAAGUGACUCUGCAGAAACCCGGAGAAGGAGGCGGCGACGGGCUGAGACCUCAGAUGGCUUCUUCCAAAAGCUACGGAUCGCCCCUGAUCAGCGGCUCCACGCCCAAGCACGAGCGCUGCUCCCCCAGCCACAGCAAAUCCCCGGCCUACACCCCCCAGAACAUCGACAGCGAGAGCGAGUCGGGCUCGUCCAUCGCCGAGAAAUCCUACCAGAACAGCCCCAGCUCCGACGAUGGCAUCCGGCCCCUGCCCGAGUACAGCGCCGAGAAACACAAGAAGCACAAAAAGGAGAAGAAAAAAGUCAAGGACAAGGACAGGGAUAGAGAGAGGGAGCGGGAUAAGGACAGGGAUAAGAAGAAAUCGCACGGGAUGAAGCCUGAGAGCUGGUCCAAGUCUCCCAUCUCAGCAGAUCAGUCUCUGGCCAUGGCCAGCAAUGCAAUCCUGUCAGCUGAGCGGCCCAGCCGCGCCAGCCCCGAGUUCCUCAUCGGGGAGGAGGAUGAUGAUCUCAUGGAUGUUGCUCUAAUUGGUAAUUAAUUCUCUCAGAUGAGUCCUGGAGGGAAGAAAGGAAAGAUUCAUCUCAAACCUGCCACACGGGUCUGUUUGGAGAGGGGGAAAAUGAGUAUUUCUAAAGUAUUUCCAAGAUGUUCAGACCAGCGAGGUCUGUGCAGAAGGAUGUGAGUGCCAGCAGCCAGGUCCCUGCCUGUGGCCUUCACCCUGUGGGCACUUCCAUUCUUCCUGAAUUGAUGAGUAUUAUCAUCCCUGUGGGAAUUCCAGGGAUGGAGCAGAGUGUGGGAAUGUGGGAGCAGCUCCCAGAUGGGGCAAACAGACAUAGGCUGGGCUGGGAGAUGCCAGGCCCUCUGCCCUCUUCCCAUUCAGGAUAAGCUCCUUUUGGAUGUAGGAAGUUUUUCAAGUAAUUAUUUUAGGAAAUGUUUUAAGGCUGGGUUUUAAUUCUUUGGGAGAAGAAGGAAAAACCACGAGGUUUUUUUUAAUUUAUUUUAUUCCCAUGGCAUUCCUUCAUUCAAUGCCCAGCUCAAGCUGGGCACUGCUUCCUCAUGGAAAUCAGGAUUUUAUCCCAGGUCAGAGCUCUGAUGGAUUGCUGCUGCCUUGGCUUUGCCUUCCCAUUUAUUUUAGCUAUUUAUUCACCUCCAUGUGGCAACACCUCGUGCUCCUUGUUUUCCCCCCAGUGGGAAUUUGGGUGGCUCUGAAGCUUUGGUGAAAUUCCAGCAAAUCUCAAUGGAAAAAGGACAAACUUCCCUGGAACCUCCUCACGCUGCUGUGUUGGAAAUUGUGCUCAAACAAUCCUGGGAAGGAUUCUCCAGCUUGGAAAACAAUCCCAGAGUGGCUCAGAGCUGCAGCAGAAGUGUUGAUUUCCUUCAAAAGAUGGAUUUUCCCCUUUUGGCUGGAAUUAGGAGCGUGACUCAGGCAUCCUCUCCGGGCUGAUCUUGUGGUCCCUGAAAAGGAAAAGAGACUCAGGAGAGGGUUUUAUUUUUAAAAGCAGUUUCAUCUGAUUCACUCGAGUGGAAUGUGGGAAAUCAGGAGUUCUGCAAACACAUCUCCUGUGGAAUUAUGGACUGAGCAGGAUCCUGCUCCCACUGGAUUUCCCUGUGGGAAUUGAGGUUGUGCUUCACCUUUCGGGAAAAGUUGGCAAAGAUUUGAGUUUUUCUUUUAAACCACUGAAAUUUCCCAAAAGCUGUUUGGUUUCCAGCUUUUUUUGGAAAGUGUUUUUUAGCAGGUUCAUGAUAGGGAUUUUUCACCCCUUCCUCCACAGGAGCCUGAAUGUCUCCCAAACUUCUCCCAACUUUUCCCUCCUUACAUUUUCCAGUAUUUAUCCUUUGCUCCUGGUGUCCUGCACGCCACAAGCAGAGCUUGAAAUGAUAGGAAAAUGGGAAUUAAAUGCAAACCUGGAGCAAACGCUGAUACCUGGCACAGUGUUGGAAUUUUGGGGUGCUGCAAAGAGGAUGUCAGGAGCACAAUCCCAGAGGAAUUCAGCUCUGGAGCCCCAUCUCCUGCUUUUAUUUAAUCCAUAUUUUUUUGGACAAAAUCCCUUGGAUCCAAGUUGUGUGAGGGGGCACAAGCAGCCUUCCAAAAAAAAAAGCACUUUUUCUAAUGGAAUCCAGGCUGGGAAUGCCCCAGGAUGGAUCCCUGGACUCAUCCUCAGCCAGAGCUGUGUUUUCCUGCUGUGCUGCACGCUAAAAGUUGGAAGGGAAAGCAGCAAAAUCGCCACAAAAAUCUGUUUGAAAAGGAACAAGCUGCACUCAUUUCCUCUCCCCUCACCCAGACCAAAGCUCAGUAUCCAAAAUUCCCCCUGUGGAAGGUGGGAACAGAGGGAACAACGUCUCCUCCAGCCCAAAUUUUGAGCUUUUCACCCCAUUUUGGUGCCCUGUCCCCUUCCAAUGGCAUCAGUCCUGGGAGAGCUGAGGUGCAUGACCACGCUGAGGUUUUGGGGUGUCAGUGCUCGGGCUCUGAGAAAUGGUUUAUUUUUGGAAUAUAUUUGCUUAUAUUCUCAAGAUUUUUACAUCUUUCAGUAUUCAGAAAGAUAAAAAUAAAGUGAAAAUUAAAUAUAAGCCAAACCUUUUAAUCUCAGGUGGUGAAGUGAACACGGAGAUUAAAAGAAACUGGUUCUUUUCCUCGAUUAUCAUGAUGUACAUAAAUCCCUGGCUGGAAAAUCGCUGGAAUUUGUAAAUAUCCCGGCUGUUUUUUGGGGCGGAAAGUGGAAUUUCAACUUUUUUGGAGAUAUCGCAGAGAACAUCUUUAUUUACAUGCAAAUAAACCCGUUUGGUACAAACCGGUGUCGC